AGAAGACUUUGCAGCUCCUCAUCACCUUUCGUGUAGGAACUCUGUGUGGAGGCCUGGGGUAUUUCAAUGCUCUUGUCGCCCCGUCUCAACUUCUUCUGAAUGUCGUUCGUCCGUUCAGUCCGAACUCUAAAUAGUCUUCGGUCCAAUCUUGUCUUCUUGUUUGUAUAGUCGCACUAGAAGCUCACUCGGUCUGGAUAUCUUUUGAUUUCGUCCCCGCCAACAGCUGGAGCUUUGUGGUAUGGCGAUUUAUCCAUAACCCCAAUAUGAAUCCUUCGAUUGCCCGUAUACAUCAUCCACAGGCUCACCCGGCUGGCAGCUCUUGUGUUAUGUAUAAUAACAUGGGGACCAUGGGGCCUGGGAAUCUAGUGGACCAGAUGGGCCGCCUUAAUGUCAGUCGGAGCAUGAAUUUUCCAGACAACAAUCAGAGGACAAGAGACAUUACCCCAGAUGCGUAUAAACAUACAGGCGUCUGUUACCUGGGCUAUACAUUUUUCAAGGCACAACCAAAUCCCGGUCAUAAGGCAACCUGGGCUAAAGCGGAAAAAACCCGGAUGAAUCUAAGCCAGAGUGACCUGAUCAACUUGGUGCAGAGAAAGGCCAAGAGAAUCUCCGUCGCAGGCCAGUAUCAGGAUUUAACAAUAAGCAAACAAUCGCACGUAGAUCGCUUGAUCGAGGAUCUCAGACGGAACAAACCCGAGUUCCAGUGGAUGUGUGUCUAUGUGAAGGAGGUGACGAGGGAUGUCAAGGGCAAGAAAUUUCGCCGCGGUGGCUACGAAACCACAUCCAUGGAUAUCAUCCUCAUGGGAAAGCCCUUAGCUCCAUCGUAUCCAGAGAGGGGUCUUGCAGAUGCAGAUGCUUCUUUCCAGGUCAAGGACAGAAUACCGCCUGUCGGCCCCGAGCAUCCUAUAUCCGAACAAGAGCCUAGGAUGGUGGCUGGAGGCAUCCAACCCGAUGAACAGUGUAACGGACAAAACUUUCACCCGCAGCAAAUGCCGCCACACAUACAUCCCUCCCAGCAGCCCGCGUCUCAGUUUCAUCAGCAAGGUCCUCCUCUACCACCACCACGUCAACAUCCAGUUGGAGGCCCACCGUGUCUCAAUCAGGGACCUUGGACUCAAGGGACGCCAGCAGGGGCGCAUGUACCGCAACAUACACCAGUUGUACAUGGUCAGAUGGGGCCUCGGCCUCACAACGAUAACAUAAAGCAUGCGACCCCCCAGCCAGGCUCCUACCACGUCCAACCUGGAGGGGCCGGCCAUCGACGUGGCAAGUCCCCAAUGCAGGCCUUUGUGUCGGAACCAGAGCCAGUGGGGGGAAGCACCAGCAGCGGAGAGGACUAUAUUUUCUCUCUGGAUCCAGAAUGUGGAAACUCAGAAGUAGACCUCUCCGGUGAGGAUGUUGAAGCGUCCGAAAAACAGGCACCCUUUCGUGGGAGUCUCUUUCGGGGGCAUUCGGCUGAAAAAUCCAAACGAUCGCGCGACGUUUAUCGUACGCAUUCCCGAAAGCACGCACUAAGAUCUUCCAGUCGCAAGCUCAACCGAUACCGCGAGGAGGGUAGUAUCGAAUUAAUUCCAUCGGAGGAUAGACACGCUGUUCAACAUUGCAGAAGAGCUCAUGGUGGUGGUAGUCGGGAGUUAGGUCGACAACCACCACCACCACCACCACCACAACCACCCAUUAGUCUCGACGACCUGGAUCUAGUAUAUGUGAACCAUCUGCAUGGAGGACGGGCAAAGAAUGACAUCCGAGACCGAUACCUGAAGAACUGGGAGGCUAACCUGACUGAGCGUGAGAGGUUAGUCGAAAUCAACACCCGAAUGCUCAACGACCGGAUCCAUGAUGUGGGCAUCUUGGGCCGCUAUAGAUCAUUGUGGGAGCCGGGGACCAUGUAUCCUUCGAGAUAUCUAGCGGAUGGGCUUCAUUGAAUGAUUUUGUUUAGUGUAAGUGUGGAUUCCCAAGGGUUCUAAAUCUUCUCGGGUUCCUAGGCGAUGUGUCUGAACUAUGAUUCCUUUUUUCUCUUUCUUUUCUUCUUCUUCUUUUUUUUUUUACUAUUUUGUCAGGCAUUGGAAUAGUAGUCAGAUGAUAACUGAUAUUUCAAACAUACCUAGAAUUCAAUUUGUCGUGUAGGUUUUGUAGAAG